CUCAGAGGUCGCUACUCUGCGGUGUGAGAGAGAGAGAGACAGCAUUAUCGGCAGGGCUCAUGUAGUAUGUGUAUGUAAAGACUCUGUUGAGCGUCUGUUAGCAUUUACCAGUCGUGUGUGUUUUUUGUGUAUGUUUAGGGGUUGAGCUCAGAGCCCCCGUGGAUGUCCUGAGAACGAAGGGAGGCUGUGGUUUCCCCAGAGACCCCUGCAUGCAGAUGGUGUGAACAGUCAGGGGAAAAGUUUAUGACAGUUCUGUAUUCUGUUCACGACUGCCCCAUGGAUCUCAGUGAUUUUAUGGAUACAGCAGCAGACUUUUUACCGGGCUGUUUCUCUUUGCCUCAGUAAUGCACUGAUGUUGGACAGAGUCACGUUCUGGAUUGAAUCUUGGAGUCGUAGUGUGAAUCUUGGAUUUUCUUCCUUUUGCCGGAUUUGUCUUGGAUCUCAUUUUUAAGGGAAGGUCUGCUGGUUUGGUCAUGGAAGAGCAGGCUGGAAGUGCGGGCAGCAGUCCGCAGCACAGUCGCGGGGCGAGCAGACAGGACGUCCUCCGCUGCGGUUGGCUCCGGAAGCAGGGAGGCUUUGUGAAGACCUGGCACACGCGUUGGUUUGUCCUUCGAGGAGAUCAGCUACACUAUUACAAGGAUGAAGAUGAGACCAAGGCACUGGGAGCCAUUUUUCUACCUGGCAACAGAGUCGCCGAACAUCCCAGCAGUGGAGAUGAAGGUGGAAAGUUCCUGUUUGAAGUCAUCCCAGGGGGCGACAGGGAGCGAAUGACAUCCAAUCAUGAGACGUACCUUCUUAUGGCCAGUACACAGAAUGACAUGGAGGAUUGGGUGAAAAGCAUUCGUAGGGUCAUAUGGGCUCCAUUCGGAGGAGGAAUCUUCGGUCAGAAAUUAGAAGAGACCGUUCGAUACGAGCGUCGUUAUGGCAACAAAAUGGCACCCAUGCUGGUGGAGCAGUGUGCAGACUUCAUCCGGCGUUGGGGACUGCGUGAGGAAGGACUCUUCCGACUACCCGGACAAGCCAACCUGGUCAAAGAGCUUCAGGAUGCUUUCGAUUGUGGGGAGAAGCCAUCUUUUGACUGUAACACAGAUGUACACACCGUGGCGUCCCUGCUGAAGCUGUAUUUAAGGGAGCUACCCGAGCCCGUCAUCCCUUUCUGUAAAUACGACGAGUUUCUGGCCUGCACCAAAUUAUUCAGCAAAGACCAGGAGGCUGGAAUGAAGGAAUUACGAGGACAAGUGGACGGUCUGCCUCUAGUGAACUACAAUCUGUUAAAAUACAUUUGCAAGUUUCUAGAUGAGGUGCAGUCCUACUCAGGUGUGAACAAAAUGAGUGUCCAGAAUCUCGCAACAGUGUUUGGGCCAAAUAUUUUGAGGCCAAAGGUGGAGGAUCCAGUUACUAUAAUGGAAGGCACAGUAUUGGUCCAGCAGCUAAUGGCGGUUCUUAUCAGUCAGCAUGAUGUUCUGUUCCCAUCUAAAGAGGACCAAACCCUCGAACUGAUCAAUAACAACAACAACGAGCCACAGAAACGACCGACAAAUGGUCAGAUACAAAACACAGAGAAUAAUAACACCAGCAGUGUACGACAAUGUACCUGGGACACGCCCGAAUCUCCUAGCCGGGCACCGCUGGACAAUGGUUCCCCCAGGUCAGGCAGCCCUCGUAACAGUUUUACCGGACAACGUUUUGAGGUGACCCGCAGCCCGCCCCUUACGGUGAAGAAGAAUCCAGCGUUCAUCAAAGGCAGCGGUAUCGUCACCAACGGUUCCUUCAGCUCGUCCUCGUCGUCCUCCGGCGAGACCAAUCAGGAGAAGAGUCAGACUCUGCCCAACAUGGGAACCAUGCAGACCCGACGGACAGGUGCAAUAAAAGGCCCGGGCACCAAGAUGGGCGUUCAAAACGGUAUCGUGCGAAUGGGCGUGUCCAGUGCGGACGUGAUGAGCGGGACUCUUAAUGGGCGUAACGGGCUUUGGAUGCCCAACGGUCAUGUCACGUUGCGUGAGGGUAAAGCCCGGGACUCUGAAAACCAGCAAAAUCGCCUGUCCACGUACGACAACGUCCACUUUCAGCACCAGACGCAGCACAUGCAACCCAACCUGAGCAGCAGUUGUGAGGACAAGCAGAGCGUGGACAGCGCCACCUGGUCCACUUCAUCUUGCGAGAUCUCACUUCCGGAGAACUCCACCUCUUGUCGCUCAUCGACUACCACUUGUCCAGAGCAGGACUUCUUUGGCAAUAACUUUGACGACACUUUGUUGGAUGGGCCGGUGCAGGAGGACAACGGACUGCCGGUGAACGACAGGGAACAGCGGACCAGUAACGGGGGCGGGCGGGGAAGCAGCGGAACCAGCAGCAGCGAUAACAGUGAUACGGCGUUCGCAGUCGCUAAUGGGCCGACGAAUCACAGCGCACUACACAGCCUAGUGGCCAGUCUCAAACAAGAAAUGAUCAAACAGAAGAACGAAUAUGAGGCCAGAAUAAAAAGCAUUGAACUUCGAAACCUAGAGUUGGAGACGGUGAUGGCUAACCUACACGAAGAGCUGGACCAGGAGAAGAAGAAAUACACCAUGGUGGAGAUCAAGCUGAGGAACGCCGAGAGAGCCAAGGAAGAUGCGGAGAAGAGAAAUGAAAUGCUUCAGAAAGAAAUGGAACAGUUCUUCUCCACCUUUGGAGACCUGACCGCAGAUCCACGGCAACCUGAUAGAGCCAACACCAUCUGGAUCCAAUGAGAUGAUGCAAGGCUAUGCGACCAUACCGUUGACAUUUAUGACCAUUUUUGGUUACAUCGUCUGGGCUGUGCUCAGACAAAAUGUGUGUAAAUGAACCUUUACUCCAUCUCAGUCACUUUCACAUGGUGCAAAAUUUCAAGACAGCAGUGCAAAGUCUAUUGAGCCAAAUUUUAGUACUGAACUUGGACCAGCCGUAAGAUGCAACUUAGGUCUCAAGGACAAAAUGAGAGGGAGAAAUAAUGCAUUUUUGGAAAGACAAAGCAUGAGUGCUGUAAAGGAAAGAGAGUCUGCUUUUUAAGAGCGAUGAUGAAGAGGAAAUCCUGACUGUUCUGCUUUUGAAUAGAAACGAAGGACAACAAAAGCAAGAAUGGCACUCGCAUUCUUUUUGUGAUCCAACCAAAUGUGUCCUUGAACUGUCACUGUGUCAUGUAUUCACUUUGUGUAUAUAAGGCAGCGCAAUGUUAAAAAAUUCCAAGAUGAAAAACAAUGUCUGUAUAAAAGCGAAACUAAGUAUGUUAAUGUAUGUACGGAUAUUUAAAGAAUUAUUUGUGUUACAUAUACAUUUUAUAUCAAGGCUGUUCAUUGCACUUACUAUAAAUUGUGGUACGAAUAUGAGAUUCCUUGUUAAAAAAUAUCCCUUUUGAAUUCAUCAUUACAUCACCAAAAAAGGAGACUUUCACGACAUUAUCACAUACUUCAUUUUUACAUCAAACUUUGUGUAAAGUCAUAUAAAACAGAAAUCUCCGGUGCUGUAGACUUCCUAUAGCCAAAAUUGAAACUAAAAAAAUUACAGAUAUCUACAAGGAUGAACCAGACAAUAUUUGAGCACAAAAAAAAACGUCUGCCUGUCUCUGGUACACAGUAAGCGCUUCUGCAUGAUGUCACCGAUUGACGGAGACCCCAAAAUGUCUGGUACGCCACUGACGGAGACCUGUAAAUACUUUAGUAAAACAUGCAAAUGCUUAUUUUUGUGCUGCACAUCAUUUGCUUUACGCUGUGCUAGACAGGCACGUCUGUUCAAAUGAAGUGACACAUGUGAUACAUGAGGUUUGUUCGCCAGCUCUCACGUCACAUCAUCCGUGUUGACUGUUUUUUGUCUGUUUGUAAUGGAUACUCACAGCUGUCCAUGCUUCUACUGUAACCUCAUGCAUUCAGUGAAAUGCGAAUUAAAUUAAAUUAUGUGA